AUGAAAGUCUCUAUAGAACGACUGACUUCAACUACUACUACUACUAAGACGUCGACUACUUCCACCAAGACGUCGACCACCUCCACCAAAACGAGCACGACUAGUGUUGCUUCGCCAACUGCUGUGACCCCCGUUUCCAAGGGCUAUACUUCUUUGCCCACAGCUAGUGUCAUCACUGGCUCGUUCGAUGGCAAGAUGCAUCCCCUGACUGACCAAAACCUAGACGGUGCCUGCGCUGAGCAAGACGAGACGGGUGAGGAUCACGCAGUUUUCAUCUUAGCAUCCGGCGCUAGCAUCUCCAAUGUGAUCAUUGGAGCCGACCAAGCUGAGGGUAUCCACUGCCGCGGACCAUGCACUCUCACUAAUGUCUGGUGGGAGGAUGUCUGUGAAGGUGAUUCAAACAAACUGGCUCCGGAGAUAUCUCCUACAUCAAUGGUGGUGGUGCUUUCAGCGCUUCCGACAAAAUCUGUGGCAACUUCUUUGCCAACACUUUCGGAAAACUCUACCGUUCAUGCGGUAACUGCUCUACCAGCUACGAACGUCACGUCGUUGAUGUCUUCGUGGUCGAUGAGGUGGUUGCUGUGCCGGCUACGCAUUGAGAGUACCAGUCGUUCUAUAGAGACUUUCAUUAGAGCUCGUUCUAUGUUUGAAUCGCUAAGGUCACGUGGUUUCGCCGGUAUAGUUGAGGCCACCACAUUGGCCAUAAAGUGGCACAUCGGCUUUUACAAAGUGGGUAACCCCGAGGAGAGUAAGAGCGAUAGCAGUCGGCGUGAACAUUUUGAGUACCGGAUGGGUGAGAAUAGUUCCAGCACAAAAGUGCCUCCAUGGGCCCUAUUUAUGGAGCUUCGAACGCUAUGGUCAUCCUUAGAAUCUGUGAAUAGACGUGGGCUGACAUGUGAGGCUCCUGGAAAUGACCGAGACAGGGAAUUCCUUGAUCGUAACAGCGAAGCGGGUAAUGGAAGAUUGAAGAAUCACAAGAAGGAUGUGAACUACGCUAACAGUUUGCGCCUAAUUGUGGCAAUGUUUGCACAGGGCUGGUAA